AUGAUACUCACAAAAAAUACUUCAGAAUAGAAAACAUAAAACAAAAAUAAACAAAAAACUCUAAAAAUGCCCCAUAAAAAGACGAAGCAUUUGAAAGCCGUGGUACCUGGCAUGGUUAGUCUCGAAGGAGAGCAAUUUGACUCUUGGGAAAUUCCCUUUCCCUUGCCGGAGCAAGAAGAUCCAUCAAUGUGCCGAGAUGAGUUUCUCAAGGAUCUGAUAAGGGAGCACGAGUCCCGAGUGGCCUCAUUAGUGGUUAGAUCUACAGUGCGGGACGUUUCGAUAGUCAAGCGGCCAGUGGAGCUCCAAGACACAGAUGUAAAGGAAGCCGAGGCUAUGGUGGUGCUGCAGAUGGCCCAAAAGCGCCAAAGAACGUCCGUAAGGAGAACAAUGGAGGAAGUCAUAGCCAGCAUAAGAUUGAGGUCCACCAUAAUAGCAGAUCUCAUUCGCCAAGUCCAAAAGGCGGCCAUCGAAUUCCUAUCGGUUCGUCUGCUCAGACAGUUGCGACUCUUCUCGAUGCCCUGGCCAGGCGAUCUGGAGGAGACCCCAAACAAUCUGUUCAGCUGGUCGUUGGAUGACUUCUUAUUGCGACUGGACGUAAAGCAGAUCUACCUUGAUGUCCUCAAUCGGGAGCGAAGUGUCAAGGAUCUUGAUUGCGUUAAGUUCUGCAAGGAUCUCAGCGAGAUCGAACACCUUAUACACGAAAUUAGAAGAGAUUUUCGAGACGACGUAGACCUCUGCGAAAAUAGCCUACAUUUGUUAAAAAAUGCCCAAUACCACAUGAAUGCCCCUUGGGUAAAGAGCCUUAAUGAUAAUAUCGAAAAUCUGGCAUCCAGUGCGUCAGUCGCUUUGCUCAAUGAGCAAAGUGGCUCCUUGACGUCGUUACGUCGUAACUCAUCGGCAAUGAUAGUGUUCGAAAGGAAAUCAGCCCUGAACCCGAUUGAAACGCGAUAUCAAAUCAACUGGUUUAAAAGCUGUACGGAUCAGCGUCUGACCCGGAUGAACGAAAGAAAUGUGGAGAUAAAAAGAGAGCUACAAGACCUGGAGGUACAAGCAGUGCAGGAUGAAAAGGUGCAGUAUUCCUCCGGACUCAUGUAUGAGUUGGAGGUGGGAAAGCUUAGGGAAAGCAUUCGAAAUUGGCAGGACCGACUUGAUACCGAUUUGGAACACGCCGACGUCAUGUGCACCGUAUCAAGGCUUGCACUGCAAAAGCUUAAGGACGACCUAAAGUUUUACAUGGAACAGAAGGAUAUGUAUCUUCAGCGAAUCAAAGAAGUGCAAGCACUCAUAGAUCAGGAAAGGAUGAUUCGCGAAGAAAGGGAAUUAGCCGCCUUAAAACGAAUGUCGAGGGGGUCUUUAAGAAAAUCUGUACCAAAGUCUACAAAAAACUUUCAAAAGAAGUCUAAAGGGAAGUCUGAAAAGAAGUCUGAACUGAAGUCUGAAAUCAAGUCCGAUACAAAGCCUGAAAUGAAGACGGAAAGGAAAUCUGACAUGAAAGCUGAAAGAAAAUCCAAAACGAUGGCGGAAAAAUCUCAAAGAAAAUCCACAAAUUCUAAAAUGGAAUAGCAUAUCCCUUAUUUCGGCCCAUUCUACUUAUAUAUGUUUACAAUUUACCAACGGUUUCAAUAAAAUACUUCUUAAGCUUG